AAAUGUAUCGAUGUGAUCGUCGCUCGUUUUCUGACUGUGAUCGUGUCUCUCUCUCUUACAUCCACUCAUCAGCCUGUAAAGUGCGGAAGCAGCCAUCGAUAUCACCGACGAUCAGUUUAAUUUAAAAAACUUAAAGAAGGGUUUUUUCGUAUGUUUACAUAUUUCUUCACGUUAAAAACUUACAGUUAUGUAAUGAACUUGUGAGGAAAGAAAACGCUGUGUUAAAAAAUAUAAAGCAUGCAAAGCGGCACCUCCUCUUCCUCUCCUCCUGAGACCCUACAGGCGGUUGGAGACCGAACCGAACUAACCCAGCUGACCACAAAAGAUGCUUCAUCUGGGGACAGCUCAUCAGAGCUGGCCAGCCCCAAAGCAUUGACCUUUGACCUGCUCAACAUGGUGAUCUCCUUCAAGCGGAUGGCUAUCUUCAUGGAGCCCAUCACUGACACGGUGGAGGUGCUGCGGUACCUGCUCGGAUGGAGAAUGCCCCUGUUCUCCAUGUUUAGUUGCAUCCUGCUCAACGUCCUUUUCUUGACUCUGAGUGAAGGUAAGACGGGCAUAAAUCUGACAAGUGCUUUGUCCAAUCAGAAUCAAGUAUUCUCAAAAGAGGCUUCUUUCUGUACGCCCUCAGGGUUGUGGGUCUCUCUGCUCUUGUUGGGGAUCUCAACUCCAGCUGUGUUGGGUUAUAUGGGCGAUUGCUGUAAGGGCGUCACCAGCGAGAUGGCGGUCCAGAGGAAGAAACACUAUGCGGUCCAGCGCAGAGAUCUUCAGACGGUGCACAUGAGCAAACAAGAGGCCAUGCAGGAGGUCAAGGGCAUGCUAAAACGCAUAGAUGAUCUCUUGACCCAGGCGUGUGUGUAUGCAGAAUCUGUGUAUAAGGUUUUAUAUUGGGAGAGCCAUGCAGUUUCUUCCAUGUUUUACGGUUCUGUACUGGCUGCGGUGUGUGUACUGUACACGGCUCCUGCCGGUUUUAGUCUGUCUGUACUCAACAGCGCCCUCUUCUUUUGGAACAAAGACUUCUGCAGAGUUCUUUUGGAGCUAAAGGAGUUUGUUCACCCGAGUCGGGUCCAGCUAGCGGAGGAAGCUGAACCAUGCGAGUCUGAUCAGGGACAAAUGCAGGACCGCACACCCACCCCUACCAGUGUGGAGGAUCUGUCGCCUGGCAACAUUGAAGAGGCAGAGGAGGCGGAGCCUGAUGAUGAGUUUAAAGAUGCAAUAGAGGUGGGGCCUGUAACCUAUUUACUACCAAAGGUUCUUUGGAGGCGGAGAGUCCAUAAGGAUGAUGAUGACGUGUCUUCUGUCACUCCUGAGUUUGACACCGUAUCUGACAACGGGUUGUUGAGUAGAAACGAGCCCAUCCGAAGUAAAGUCUCCAAACUCACGGAGAAACUACGCAAGCGGGUUCCCUCUAACACCGGAAACUGUUUCCAGUGUAAUUCAGCGUUUUCUGUUUUAAAGAAAAGGAGGAGCUGCAGUAACUGUGGUGUCAGUUUCUGUGCUCGCUGUUGCUCUUACAAAGUGUUCAAGUCCAGUAUGGGAGCCACAGCUCCUGAGGCCCAAAGAGAGACUGUGUUUGUGUGUAAUAUGUGUAAUAUCUUCCUGAACACCAAGUAGGUCACCCCCAUGCCCAAAUGACCAUUGCAAACCUGUGCAAGCCCCUCAACAGCAUAAACUACAAGUGGGCUGGUUAGGGAAUAUUUGACAUGGAGGACCGAAAUCCUGCGUUUGAUGCUGCCUCUGCUUUAUCAUGUCUGCCCAAAAAAGUUGUGGACCCUAAAUACAGUCCUUUACUUCUGGUUGAUGACAUUUCCAUGGGCAUGUCUAAAAGAGCUUUCCCAGGCAACGCCAACACCAAAACCCUUUUUUGGCCUCUUUAUCGAGCAUCCCUUUCUGAUUUGCAGCCCUUUAUAGGAGUUAUAUAAAGAUCAUUGUACUGGAUACCAACUCCAAUGUUGAUUUCAGAUUUGAGCAUUAUAAAUGAAUUCUAUUUAUUUAUUAAUUUCGUUUAAAAGAUUUUGAAAUAUGCUGCUCAAAUGAGUUGAUCGAUUUUUCACCUUUCAACUAAACUAGUCACUUUUCUGUCUGCUUUGAUUUCUGUCCCUUGAUUGUUUAAAAGUUGAUUGUAUAUUAUUUCUAUUAUUUAUAUAAUUAUGUCUAAACAAACUUUUAUGGGACUUCUUACAACCAGUUCUUAAUUUUACACAAAUCAAAAUAAUGUUAUUGUAUUAUAAGUGAUCUGUUGGUAAAUGGGUAUAUUAUGAGAUCACACUGUAAAACAUUCUUGGCUGCCUUAAAAUGUUUAGUUGAAUCAACUCAGAUUUACAAGUUAUUUUAGCUUACUAUUAUUUAUCUUGACUAGAGACGAGUUGUUAAAACUUAUAAAAUAUAUUCGAAAGAAAUCAACUUUAUUUUAUAAGUUAUAGCAACUCAUCUCUUAUCAAGAUAAAUAAUAGCAAGUUAAAUAACUUGUAAAUCUUGAGUUGAUUCAACUGAUUAAGGCAGAAAAUAAUUUUUUGCAGUGCAUGAUGACAAAUAAUCACAGUAAAUCAUCUAAUCCAAUAUUGUAUUGCAAUUGCAUUAUAAAAUCCUGUCUUUGCUGAUGUAACAUUUCUUUUGGAUAACUAGGCACAUUGCUGUAUUAACCGCUGCCGAUACCAUAACUUCAUGUGUUAAAUAUAUUGUGUUUAUUUUUUUUUCAACAUGCUUUGAAGUUAUGAAUGUGUUUUGUCUUCUGUGUUAUUUUAUUUGUCGAUCUGAUUACUGUCUGUAAGCCGAAGCUAAAUGUAAAAUCAGUGUUUAAGCAGUAAAAGAGGAGUGUGUACAGUAUAUUACACAGUUGUGCUAUACUCUAUUUAAACACGUCAACUCUCAGUGUCAGAUCAGUUGGAUUUCAUAUAACAAUCGUGCUCUGUGUUUCACUGGUCAAAUCUAUGCUGUUACAGUAAUAAACUUUAUUAAAUAUU